AUGGACUCUUAUCCCUCAACUGUUACACAGGCUUUUAAUAAUAAUCAUCAUCCUCCUCCUCCAUGGAAGAAUCUUCUGAAGUAUACUAAAGAAACCCUGAGUCAGCACCUGGAGUACCUUGGGCUCUGUGGAGAUGACACAGAAGCUGAAGAUCAGAUCCUUGAAAGUCUGAAUGGGAUUCUCCUGGCUCUUACUGAAGAUAAGCAGAGAUCCUACAGCCUACUCGGAGAGAGUGGGAUCUUCAUAACUUUGGCAAAAAUCCUGAAGGGCAAUCCACGGUGUGCAGUAAAAGCAGCCCAGGUGCUUUCAGAGAUAGUCAAGAAUGAGGAAAUGAAGAAGCCAUGUAUUGAAGCAGAUUUGGUUCUAACUUUGAUACCUUUGCUGGACAGCACAGACCAAGAAACGUUGCUUCAUGCUGGGAGGGCUAUUGGCCGUAUCUGUUAUGAUAAUCGAGAUCUUCAGGAAGAGCUGGUGAAGGUAGGAGUAAUCACAUCACUAGUCCGAAUAUUAACCGAUUAUGCAGAGAGUGAACCACUUGUCCAUGUUGAUCUGUUGGCCUUAUACAACCUUGCAGACCUUGAUAUAGCCAAAGAAGCUCUAAGCAAGACAAAGGUUGCUGAACAGCUGGUGAAACAACUGAGAAGAGCAGAGAACCAUGAGAGGUUAGAAAUUGUCUUUGAGGUCCUGCAAGCACUUGCAGAAAAUGAUGCUCUGAAAGUGCAGUUGGUGGAGGCAGGAGUGCAAGAGGUGCUGUCCGAGAUCCUGCUGAGGCUCCAGGGUAGUUCACAAGCUGAAGAUACCUGCAUUCUGAAGGCUGCAUCAGAUCUCAUUGUCUCUCUGCUUCUUGGAGAUGGCAACUGUGUACAAAUGCUACAGCUGGGAGUCAUACAUCAGCUUCUGGAUCUUUUGGAGGAACACGCAGAGAGUGGGGAUGUCUCUGUUCAACAUGCUGCACUCAGUGCACUUCGAAACCUUGCUAUACCAGUUGUUGACAAGGUUCAAAUGCUGGAGGAAGGUGUGGCAGAACGGAUUCAGGCACUUCUAAGGUCAGAGAUACCUCCCGUGCAGUUUAAACUUCUUGGAACACUACGGAUGUUAGCAGAUGGUCAAGCUGAUGCAGCUGAAAUCUUGGGCCAAGACCCCAUGCUGCUCAACAGACUUGUACAGUGGUGCAACUCCAACGACCACACCGGCAUUCAUGGAGAAGCAAAUCGGCUGCUAGCAUCAAUCUUGCGUCACAACAGAUCCCAAGAAGUGGUCAAAGCCAUCCAGGAGGCACAAGGAGUGAAGCAGCUCGUUUCCAUGACAACAAGCAAACAUGCUGCCAUGCAGAAUGAGGCUCUGAAUGCUUUGGCAGUAGCAUCUGCCAUCAAUUUAGAAACCCUUGAAGAAUCUUUUAAGGAAUCACAGCUAGUUCAAAGCUUACACAAACUUCUACAAGAUGAUAAUACAAGUCCUGAGGUGAAAUAUAGUUCAAUGGGUCUUUUGUGCAGUCUUCUUAAUUCAGGUGAUCUGAGACAAGAAAUAGAAGAGGACAAGAUUAAAGAAACCCUUGAACAACUCUGCAGUCACAGCAAUGCAAAUGUGGCCAAGGAAGCUAUCGCAACAUUACAG